AUGGCCAUGUCUAAAGGAUUCCGUGUGCUGGAGAAAUCGAAACCACCGUCGCCGCACAGUGUCCUGCUGGAGCAUCGGAACAAACCCGAAACGCUGCUGUUCGAGUCGCAGGCCGUCGCCGUCCUGUCGGCCCAGGAAACGGAAAUCGUCCGUAAACAGUACACCAAAGUGUUGGACGCGUACGGGUGCCUCGGGGUGCUGCAGCUGAACGCGGGCGAUACCUCGCUGCUGUACCUGGUGAUGGUGACCGGGUGCUUUUCGGUGGGCAAAAUACUCGACAGCGAAAUCUUUCGCAUCACCCAAACGCAGUUCGUCUCGCUACAGUAUCAACCGACGAACGAGGACAAGGUGGCCGAAAUACGGAAGGUGCUGAACUCGGGCACGUUCUACUUUUCCUUCGCGAACCCGGCCACGGCCCAACCAGCGUACGGGUUCGACAUAACGCUCUCGGCCCAGCGGCGGCGCCGCACGAAUGAGACGGACAAUCGGUUCUUCUGGAACCGGAUGCUGUUCAUCCAUCUGCUGCGUUUCGGUGUAGAGUGCAACUUUUGGCUGCUCCGGGCGAUGUGUGGCUCGGUGGAGAUCCGCACGGUGUACGCCGGCAGUAAGCAAGCGCGCGCGGCCAUCAUCUCGCGGUUGAGCUGCGAGCGGGCCGGAACACGGUUCAACGUGCGCGGUACCAACGACGAAGGGUGCGUGGCCAACUUUGUCGAGACGGAGCAGUGCAUCUAUCUGGACAAUGAGAUUACGUCGUACGUGCAGACCCGUGGCAGUGUGCCCCUGUUUUGGGAACAACCGGGCGUGCAGGUCGGAUCGCACAAGGUGAAGCUGUCGCGCGGCUUCGAAUCGUCCCGCGCGGCUUUCGAUCGGCACAUGUGCACGAUGAAGGCCCGGUACGGCCAGCAGGCGAUCGUCAAUUUGCUCGGUACGAGCCUGAUCGGCAGCAAGGAGGGUGAAGCGAUGCUGAGCAACGAGUUUCAGCGGCACCACCGCGAAUCGGAUCACAACGACGUGCCGCACCUGGUGUUCGAUUACCACCAGGAGUGUCGCAGCGGCAACACGAGCGCGUUGGCCAAGCUAAAGCAACGCAUCGAUGCGACGUGCCCCGACUUUGGCAUGUUUUACGCCAUCGGGGACACGGUGUACCGCGAGCAACGGGGAGCGGUUCGGACGAACUGCCUCGAUUGUCUCGACCGUACGAACUGCGUCCAGACGUACGUCGGGCUGGAGAUGUUGGGCGAACAGAUUCACCAGAUGAGCGCACUGUCGGACAAGAAGCAACAGAUGGCGUCCCGGUUCGAGGAGGUGUUCCGGCAGAUGUGGAUCAACAACGGGAACGAGGUGAGCAAGAUCUACGCCGGAACCGGCGCAAUACAGGGUGGUUCGAAGCUGAUGGACGGAGCACGGUCGGCCGCCCGAACUAUUCAGAACAAUCUGCUCGACAACUCGAAGCAGGAAGCGAUCGAUGUACUGCUGGUCGGUUCGACACUCAGCUCGGAGCUGGCCGACCGGGCCAGGAUACUGCUUCCCUCCAACAUGCUACACGCUCCAACACCCGUCCUGAGGGAAAUGUGUAAACGAUACGAAGAGUAUGUGAAUCCGGUCGGUGUAAGGAUUGCGUGCGGAACGUACAACGUGAACGGUGGCAAACACUUCCGGAGUGUCGCCUACAAGGACGUUUCACUGGCGGACUGGCUGCUGGAUUGUCAUCGAUUGGCACGAUCACGAUCGCUCGUCGAUUUCAGUCACGCGGAAGACACCAACGAACCGCCGGUGGACGUAUUCGCUAUCGGAUUUCAGGAGAUUGUGGAUCUGAAUGCGUCCAACAUUGUUGCGGCGAGUUCCGAUAAUGCGAAAGCGUGGGCCGAAGAGCUGCAGAAAGUAGUGAGCCGGGACGAGGAGUACGUGCUGUUGACCUACCAACAGCUCGUUGGCGUUUGCCUGUACAUCUACAUCCGACCGCAACACGCGCCAUACAUCCGCGACGUGGCAAUCGAUUGUGUGAAAACGGGCCUUGGUGGAGCGACCGGCAACAAGGGUGCGGCGGCCAUACGCUUCGUGCUUCACGGCACUUCACUGUGCUUCGUGUGCGCGCACUUUGCCGCCGGUCAAUCGCAGGUGACCGAACGGAACGCGGACUACGCCGAGAUAACGCGCAAGAUCGCAUUCCCGAUGGGCCGUUCGCUGAAGUCGCACGAUUACAUCUUCUGGUGUGGCGAUUUCAACUAUCGCAUCGACAUGGAAAAGGACGAACUACGCGAGAUGCUGCGUGUCGGUGGGGCAUCGACCGAUCUGAGCGUGAUCCUGCCGUACGAUCAGCUGCGCAUUCAACAGAAUGCGGGCAGCGUGUUCAACGAGUUUCUCGAGGGCGAAAUCACGUUCCCACCGACGUAUAAGUACGAUCUGUUUAGCGAUGACUACGAUACAAGCGAAAAGGCACGGGCACCGGCUUGGACUGAUCGAGUGCUGUGGCGACGGCGUAAGCAGAGCCCAGACGCGGACCGGCACCCAGGGUGGAACCCGGGCCGGCUGGUACACUACGGACGAGCGGAGCUGAAGCAGAGCGAUCACCGACCGGUGCUGGCGUUGAUCGACAUCGAAGUGCAGCGAAUCGAUCCGGCACGCCGAACCACCGUGUUUGGCGAUGUUAUUCGCGACCUGGGACCACCGGACGGUACGAUCUUAAUACAGGCCAACACGGGUACCGGUGGUGGUGGUGGUGGUGGUGUCGGUGGCGGACCGUACGCCGAUUCUGGGGACGAAGACGAGGGCAGCAUCUACGAUGAGAACCUGAUGGCGGCACUGAUACAGGAAUUGACGCAGAUCGGUGAGGUAACGCUCGUACGCUUCGUGGGCGACACGAUGUGGGUUACGUUCCGCGAUGGACAAUCGGCACUGACCGCCGCCCAGAAGCGCUCCGUGCAGGUGUGCGGGGUAGCGCUCUCCAUCAAACUGAAAACGGACAAUUGGGUGGAGCAAGUCGAGAAGGAAAUUCUGCUCUGCACCCCGAACACGGUCAGUUUCUGCGAUGUUCCUGCGGCCGGAGACUACAACAGUCUCGGCAUACCGGAAAUGCCGGCCAACCGCCCGAAAAGUCCGCCGACGACCGGACGGAUGGGGCCCCCGAGUCGUCCGCCGUUACCAAAGUCACCACAAGCAUCACCAAAGCAUCAACCAUCGCCGCACCAUCAGCAUCCGCAUCCGCUGCCCCACCAGCACCAUCAUCCGCGGGCCGGCGUUAUUAGCCUGGGCCCGGAAGUGUUGCUCGCAUCGAAACUACCACAAAAGCCGUUCGUGCCAGCGGGACCCCCGCAGCGACCGACGCCUCCGGUGGAAGAGUACGCCAGCAGCUCGCCCCUUCCUGGUUCCCCGCUUCACGCUGCGGCCGCUGCCUCCCAGCAGCAGCAAGCAGACUCAUGUGCAAUCUACGAAGAAAUUAACGACGAUUUCAUUCCGGAACAACCCCGCGGACCACCACCGCCGCCACCACCCCGAAGCGAUGUCUACGAUCUUGAUGUGGUGAGCAACAGCAGCAAAUCGACGAACAAAUCCUCUCCUCCUGGGACCUCGGGUAGCUCGGGAGCUGGUUCUCCUCAGUCUGCGGGAAAUGCGGCGUCGCUCGGCGCUGCAGGGCCUCCGAAGGGUAUUCCGCCGCCACUCCCGGUGCGGCGCGGUGGACCUCCACCGAUACCGAACCGUAGCGGUGGUCCUCCACCACUUCCGGCACGUCCCAAUGUUCCGUAAAUCGCAUUCUCGCGCAACCCACCAUUUUUCAACUCAACUUCUCCAUUCUCUGGGAAACAUUCUGUCCUCCUGAACCUGCGCCACAAGCAAAGCGCCACUAAUCAAACUAACUAAUCCAAUGUGCAAUAGAGUUGACCUUAGCUGGACAACUAGGAAUCAAUAGCGCAUCGCAUUGCUGACACACUUUAUCUUAAGGGUGAGGGAUCAUUUCGUUAGCACUGGUAGCCUGGUAGGUAAAUCAGCCGGUGAUCCGUGGAUCGCGCUCAUAUAACAGUCGUACACUCUAUCCGUAGUCGUUGCGCUUCUUCGCCGAAGAAGGUAUAAUCAGCCGAGUCCGAGGUUGACACUAGGCGGCUUGUUCUCCCUCUACUCUCCGGUUUUUAUUGCCGAGCUUAUAACAUUCCAGUAGCCGCUAAAACAGAUCUCUAUUUUCCGUCUUGUCUUGCUUCUUCUUCAUCCUUACGUAUGAGAUUAGGUUGUCGGACCGGCUUUACGGAAAAUAUUAAUUUUACCCUGCUUGUUGUGUGUAAGUGGUAACGGGAAUAGAAUUCGGGUUUUGCGGAGAGUAGCUUAAUGACGCAAUGUGAUGAAGGUUUACUAAGUUUUGGUCGUAUUUCCCAUUCCGUUUCCCCUUUUCCUCAGAGCGUUUGUUAUUUAUUAUUAAAAAAGUUUGUGCACUGGAGGAAAUAGCUGCGGAAAGUCUGUGGCGGGAUCGAGGAAGAAAGGAUUGCCAGGCCGAGCUGACUGCAAGACCAAUUAUUGGAACGUGUCGCAAAAGCAUACCAUCCCACAAUUGCCCGUCGGUGGUAGCUCGGCGGCCCCGCAAUUCCCAGCCAGCGUUCGCAGUCGCUCGGAUCGAUCCGACCAUCCGACCAUAAGUACAUUAUAUAUACAUAAAUAUGCGCUUGCAUACAGCUCUCUGCACGCGAGCACCGUGUUUAUAUAGCGAAACGUAUCGAAUAUAUACAUACAUAAAUGAAGCAAACCGUUACUACAAUUAGCUGGUUAACAAAAGUUGAAAUAGCUUCGUAGCGUUGGUAGCAGAGUACCGUAAUUGAUAUAGAGCGAAGGGUUUUGUUGUUACGUUGAACAAUGCCGUGCUGGUUAGCAAUAGUUCAUUUCAUUCCAAAUACACCCUCUGGACCGGUGCUGGAGACGUGUAUUGGCUAUGGCGAAUGCAGGUAACCAUUUCUGUGUGUAUGUAACGUGUGAGUUCGUGAUUUGUGCGUGAAUUGUUGUUUCGUUUGUAUGGAAAACUUGCGAAAAUAUUUAUCGGAUUGAUAGGUAAGGACCAGUGCGCGAAAGCUACGUAGUCGAUUAACACACCGCAUCCAAUGUAUCAUGUUACACAUUGAACUAU